AAAGCCGAGGAAUACAGUAGUGAAUAUCAUACACUUCUUGGUGAUGACCCAGAAAGCUUUUGGGGUUCGGAUGAAGAAGAUAAAUUAUUGGAAGUGGUUAAGGAAAGAGAUAUAGUUGAGAGUAAAGAGUUUGAGAGCAUUGAAGAGUUGAAUGAACGUGUUAAGAACAUGGAGGAAAAGAUUGGUAGACUUUUGGAGUUAUUAGAGAAAAAGGGAAGUGAUCCAUAA